ACACAGGAAGGUCACAUCAUCCCUCACCAUCAGCAGGUUCAGUGUGAAGUGAUGAAAGACAUCAAACGUGAGAUUAAAGAGGAAGAAGAAGAGAUCUUGGUGAGUGGAGAUCAGCAGUCUAUGAAGGAGGGGGAGACGAUUGUGGAAACUAAACAGGAGGAAUCGUCCGUUUACAUUGGCAUACAUGGACAUUAUGUCGGAAGUGCAUCAGAGGGACAUCCUAUUUCAUCUCGGGAUCAUCGUGCAAAAGACAAAAGCAUCUCCCAAUAUUCUCCAGGAGGGAAUCCUUUACAGACCUCAAUGGAUCCCCGUAAUCCUGAGGGAUCUUCUCCUAAACCCCACACUGUGACUUCAGAUGUCCAUCUAAGUUCUCACAGUGCAGAUCAAUCGGCCUCCACAUCUCAUCCCAAGAAAGCAGAACAUCUGACCCAACAAACAAUUUACACCGGAGAACGUCCUUUCUCCUGUCCAGAGUGCGGGAAAUGUUUCACCAGUAAACAAGUCCUCCAAAGACAUCUGAUAAUCCACACUGGAGAGCGUCCUUUCUCAUGUACAGAGUGUGGAAAAUGUUUUGCCUUUAAUGGAGACCUCCGUAAACAUCUGAUAGUUCACACUAGAGCGCGUCCUUUCUCAUGUUCUGAGUGCGGGAAAUGUUUCUCCAGUAAACAAAUCCUCCAAAGACAUCUGGUAGUUCACACUGGAGAACGUCCUUUCUCCUGUUCAGAGUGCGGGAAAUGUUUCCCCAGUAAACGAGGCCUCCAAAGUCAUCUGAUAAUCCACACUGGAGAGCGUUCUUUCCCGUGUACAGAGUGUGAAAAAUGUUUCAUCCAUAAGGGAGACCUCCGUAAACAUCUGAUAGUUCACACUAGAGAGCAUCCUUUCUCAUGUCCCGAGUGCGGGAAAUGUUUCACCAGUAAACAGGGCCUCCAAAGUCAUCUGAUAGUCCACACUGGAGGGCCUCCUUUCUCAUGUACAGAGUGUGAAAAAUGUUUCAUCCAUAAAGGAGACCUCCGUAAACAUCUGAUAGUUCACACUAGCGAGCGUCCUUUCUCAUGUUCCGAGUGCGAAAAAUGUUUCACCAGUAAACAAGGCCUCCAAAGACAUCUGUUAGUUCACGCUAGAGAGCCUCCUUUCUCAUGCUCCGAGUGCGGGAAAUGUUUCACCAGUAAACGAGGCCUCAAAAGACAUCUGAUAGUUCACACUAGAGAGUCUCCUUUCUCAUGCUCCGAGUGCGGCAAAUGUUUCUCUCAGAAAGCCAAACUUCUUUGCCACCAGAGAAGUCACACGGGGGAGCGUCCUUUUUCAUGUUCAGAGUGCGGGAAAUCUUUCAACCAUAAAAUAAGCCUUACUUAUCACCAGAGAAGGCACACGGGUGAUUAUCCUUUUGCAUGUUCAGAGUGCGGGAAACGUUUUGUGCGGAAACAAACAUUUAUUAAGCACCAGAGAAUUCACACCGGCGAGCGUCCUUUCUUAUGUUCGGAGUGUGGAAAAAGUUUCAAUGGGAGACAUAACCUUGACAUGCACCAGAGAAUUCACACUGACGAGCGUCCUUAUGCAUGUUCCGAGUGCGGGAAAUGUUUCAGAGAGAAAGGGAAACUUACCGUGCACCAGAGAAUUCACACGGGCGAGCGUCCGUUCUCAUGCUUAGAGUGCGGGAAAUGUUUCACUAUAAAACAACACCUGAGUAAACACCAAAAAAUUCAUAUGGGUGAGUGACCAUUUUUUUCCAUGUUCAGAGUGCGGGAAAUUAUGCACUCAGAAAGUGCAAUGAAACAAGGUCGUGCAUUGACGUCAAUGAGACGAGGUCGUGCAUUGACGUCAAUGAGACGAGGUCGUGCAUUGACGUCAAUGAGACGAGGUCGCGCAUUGACGUCAAUGAGACGAGAUCCUGCAUUGACAUAAAUGAGACGAGAUCCUGCAUUGACAUAAAUGAGACGCGGUCCUGCAUUGACAUCAAUGAGACGCGGUCCUGCAUAGACACCAGUGAGACGUGGUUGGGCAUUGACGUCAAUGAGACGAGAGUUCCUGCAUUGAACAGUUAUAUACAAAUUAAUCCAAAUAGCACUCCACAAACUGUAUCUAAAUAAAGUUUGUAAAACCGACACGUGUGAUUUGCGUAUAUUCUUUGUUUCUUUGAACAUUGCAACACCCACCCCCAUGCGCAAACUUCAAAACCAAAGAUCGUGCCCGGCAACUCCUAUGUGGGUUCACACUGUGACAGUGAGGAAUUUCUUAGCUCGGUGGUAGUGCAUAUAAGUGAGUCCAGUCCACUUCAGCAACUCUGCUUACCCUUUUCUGGACCGCCCCCAUAGCAGAUACAGUGAGACGCGAUCCUGCAUUGACAUCGGUGAGACGUGGUCGUGCAUUGACGUCAAUGAGACGCGGUCGUGCAUUGAUGUCAGUGAGACGCGAUCCUGCAUUGACAUCAAUGAGACCAGAUCCUGCAUUGACAUCAAUGAGACCAGAUCCUGCAUUGACGUUAAUGAGACGCAGUCGUGCAUAGACGCCAGUGAGACGUGGUUGUGCAUUGACGUCAAUGAGACACGGUCGUGCAUUGACAUCAAUGAGACGCGGUCCUGCAUAGACACCAGUGAGACGUGGUUGGGCAUUGACGUCAAUGAGACGAGAGUUCCUGCAUUGAACAGUUAUAUACAAAUUAAUCCAAAUAGCACUCCACAAACUGUAUCUAAAUAAAGUUUGUAAAACCGA